CGUGCAAAGAAGUGUUUACGGGACGAAUCAAUGGCUUGUAAUGCUGUAGAUUUGCACUGACAGGAUGUCAGCCUUCGCAGUUUGACAGUUCAGGAAAAUUCUUGCACUUUCUUGCUUUUUUUUAUUUGUGUCAGCAGGAUACAAGCAUUAUUCGAGACAAAAUGGACGAAUAGCAAAAUAUAUAUAUAUAUAUCUAUUUAUAUACAUAUAUACAUGCUUACAGAUGAAUCCUACAUGCAAGGCUUUUGCAGACUAUUUUGACAAUCUCAUCUUAUCUCAUUUUAUCUCGGGAUGAUUUGGCAUUUGGCAUUUGGGAUGUUAAGUCGGAUUUGAUGAAGAACUCUUCUCAAGGAUCUCUCAUCUAUUUUGGACUGGAGAAUCUUUUGCUUCUUUUAUUGCAUAAGCUUUCUGCGUGUUUCCGCGUGUCUUUGCGUGUCUCUCGGGUGUAAGCAUGCUCCAGUGCGCCGGGUGCGAGCGGCCCAUCCUGGACAGGUUCCUGCUGAACGUGCUGGACCGCGCGUGGCACGCUAAAUGCGUCCAGUGCUGCGAAUGCAAGUGCAACUUAACGGAGAAAUGCUUCUCCAGAGAGGGCAGGCUUUACUGCAAAACAGACUUUUUUAGACGGUAUGGCACAAAGUGUGGAGGCUGCUCUCAGGUCAUCUCCCCUACCGACCUCGUCCGGAAAGCCAGAAGCAAAGUGUUUCACCUCAACUGCUUCACGUGCAUCAUAUGCAACAAGCAGCUGUCCACCGGUGAAGAGCUCUACAUCCUGGACGAGUCUAAAUUCGUUUGCAAAGAGGAUUACCUGAGUAACAGCAACGGCAAAGACUCAAACCUGCUCUCCAUAACGACGUGCAGUGAGCCGAGUCUGUCUCCGGACUGUCAGGAACCGCAGGAUGAUGGGAAAGACUCGGAGGCUGGUCACCUCUCAGAUAAAGACACGUGCAGUAAUGAGAACGACGAGCAGAGCGCCGGUGCAAAGCGACGCGGCCCGCGCACCACCAUCAAAGCCAAACAGCUCGAGACGCUCAAAGCGGCGUUCGCGGCUACGCCCAAGCCCACGAGGCACAUCCGGGAACAGCUCGCGCAGGAGACUGGCCUCAACAUGCGGGUCAUUCAGGUCUGGUUCCAGAACCGGCGCUCGAAGGAAAGACGUAUGAAGCAGUUGAGCGCACUGGGGGCGAGACGUCACGUGCUGUUCCGCAGUGCCAGGAGAAUGAGGGCUCUGGGGGAGCGAGUGGAACCCGCAGAGCUCAUGAUGCCCAAUGGCCACUUCUCUUAUUACGGAGAUUAUCAAGGUGAAUACUACGGACCAGGAGGCAACUAUGACUACUUCCCGCCAUCCGCCCAAGCCCAAACUCCUGGCGAUCUGGGGUAUGUUCCAUCUUCAGGCCCGGCCGGUACUCCGCUGGGCACCAUGGACCUUCACCAUUCUGGUCAUCACCCCUCUGGAGAGAGCCAAUGUUUUGGUGAGAUGGUGCCACAGCAUCCGGGUGACUCCCCCAGCCCAGAGCACAGCAUCUCGGCAGACGUGAGCGGCGCGUUUACCUCGAUCAGCUCGCUUGCCGCUAACGGAUACAGCAGUCAGCUCUCUCAGCCUUCGUCAGAGAUAAGCGAAGGCACCGUGUGGUAGCUGUGAGUGCCUGGGCCGAGAGACGUGGCCAAAUGGACUCAGGUUAAAUACAGCCUGUAAAAACAACGGACCAGAUCUUAACAUUUUGAUUGAUAUAUUAUGUUAUGUAUUUAUCUAUUUAUUUGUCUAUUUAUUUAAUGUAUUUAUCUAUUUAUGGACAAUGUAUGACUUUAAUUGGGUUAUUUACAUUUUUAUUCAUUUGUUUGGCAGACAAUUUUAUACAAAUUGCUUUUAUUACAAAUGAAGCCAGCCGGUCAGGGGAUUUGAACCACUGAACUCUGGGGUAUCCCUUGUUGUUUGCAUAAUAAUAAUAAUAAUAAUAAUAAUAAAAAACGUCAUCACCGGUUCUGUCAGUCUGACAGCAGCACUAUUAUUUGUCCUGCCAAGAAAUGACUUAUUUAUUUAUGUAUGUCCGUUAAUACAAAGACGCCAUGGUAUCGAUUGCUUUUAAAUGGUUUUACUGCUAAUAAAUGGUUUAUUAUUGCUAAUAAAUCUGCUGAUUUCAGCAUAAAAUAGAUGGUGAGUGUUUGCAAAACAUGUCCGGACAUGUUCACUUCCUUCUGUAUCAACCGCUUAUGUUGUUAUUGUCAUUUUAUUUCACUUGAAUUGUCACGUAAACAAAAACCAAUGUGUGCGGUUGCUUUUUUCUUAGGAGCUCUACCAAAUCUCACGCCUUCGAAAAGAAAACUUUAAAACCGU